ACCGGAGAGCGGCAUGGCUGACGAGGCGGCGAUGCUCGCGAGCUCCACCUUCCCGAUACCGCCGGACGAGCUGGUCAGCCUCGCAAAGGCGUUCACCGCGGCUCAGCUCGCAGGCACCGCCGACGGGAGCGGUGGCAACCCGGACUGGUUCGCCGAGGACUUCCGCUUCGUCGCACCCGUGGUCGGCCCGUACGACAAGGGCCUCUUCAUCGACUCGCUCAAAUCGUUCGACCUCAAGACCGCGUUCCCGAGCCUGAGCUCCAACUACCACCACUUCCGCGUCUGCCCGUUCAAGCCGAACCGCGUGUGGUACUCGGUGAAGUACCUCGGGAAGAAUGAUGGCCCCGUGCUGGGGCGGCCGGCGACCGGCAAGUCGGUCGAGUCUCCGGUUCAGGCGCACAGCAUCACAUUCAAUGAGCAAGGCGAGGUGACCAAGUUCACGAUCGGUUACGUGAUGGACAAGGAGGAGGGCAACACGGGCGGGCUCGGCGGGGUGUUUGGCCUGUUUUGGGCGAUCGGGUACGGCUUCCCCUUUCCCGAGGCGCAGCCGUACAAGCCGUCGCCCGUGUACGGGACGCUGCAGAGCGUAAACAGGGCCAUCCAGGACGCCUUCAAGGCGAGCCCGGCGUUCAAGAGCGCGGUCCAGAGCGUACUCACCACGCUGGGCAAGCGAGAGUGAGUUGUGCUUCUGUAGAAGCUAGUGGAUUUCGUUAGACGUGGAGGAGGCGAAUUUCUUCUUCACUCUAGAUAGAUAGCGUCCUGGUUCCGGCUCCAACCCGGAUAGGGGGUGUGUCGCCACUGCGGCCCAGAUAGGUAGGUUGGUCUUGUUUCGCCCAAAAG